AUGUGUUUGCGUCAUCCUCUCUCUCUCUCCGGCUUACGUAAGCAAGAUUUUGCUUGCUUGAACUGUGUCUAAACCUCGUCUGCCGGCACCACACCGAAAACACUUUCCUGAAACCACAAAAGAACGUCUUCCGCAACUUAUCGAAUCCCGGGGAGAGAAGUCGUUGUAUUUAACAUCCAACAGUUUUUUGCAACCCAGUCGCUGUGGGCGCUCUAAAGCCACGAGAAGAAAACGAUGAUUUUGUUUAGGGCCCCAGAAAUAUAUUAGCGCAUUUCGAAAUUACUGACUGGGUUCCAUCUCGAACGUUUGCGUUUACGGUUAGACUAUAUUUUGCUAUUUGUCUUCAGCUCAUGUACUCAGAUGAAAACGUGUGCCCUUACUGAAUCAAGUGGUCAAGGGGCAGUCAGUAAGUUGACUUUUUCUUAUUAGUUGCCGUGGUUUUUUAGUUAUAAGGCCCGUUUGAUUAAAUAUCUCUUAUGAAUCGGGCUUGUACAUAAAUAAUAUACAGUGGGUAUAAAUUUUGCAAAACAUGACGGUCGCGCAGAAAGAGUACACGGGUACUCAUUCCCAAAACUCUCUUUGUGGACUUAAACUUGUGGUUUUCUGUGAGUGUGACUCGGAAACUGCUAGUAAGCGAAUGACACCAACCCUCAAAAGGUCUUACAAGCUCCACCUGACUAACUGAGGCUUACCAGAGAUAACAGUGAAGGAACUUUCGCAGGGAAUUUAGAGGUGUAUCUUCAAAGUACCUUCUGCACUUGCAGUUUUCUCCCAGCAUGUGGUUUUUCUCGUCACAAGCUGUCAUCGAAAUUUCGGAUUUUCUCCGCCUCACCAUCGUGAACUUCACGGAAUGCGACGUUCUUCUGAAUCAACCUAGCUGGCAAAUAGCCCGUGUUUCGUGGCGCACGCAGUCUAAACUGUGUCCGCCUCAUUUGCUGCCCACUCUCACCAGGUUUCCAUUCCGGCUUCCGGGGUGUCGUGACCUCGUCCCAGUGCCUGUCUCAACAGCUUUACCUGCUUUUCAUAACAUCUUUUCCAAAUUUUAUUAUACAGUUGACUGCUCAUUCAGAGUUUAGGUUCGACAUUUUUUUGUAUUUUGCCAUCUAAAUCAGCGUUAAUUUUGACAUGAUCGUGGGCUCCCGGCGCUUAACAAUUAAAUUAUUGCCGAAGUCCAAAUCGGCGAACGUACGUUUUCGAUUAUUCUUCAUCAGGCCAGUAUGCUUGCGACAGCGCAGGCAGUGGCCAUACAACUAACGAAUCCAGCUUUGUGCUCGCAGAAGGCCUUUAUUAAAGCCCUCCUACUAUCCUGGUCAAAGCUGAGUCAUGAAAGUUUAGACCCGCACCAUGGCACAUCGCGCCACAGCGACGAAACAAAAGCACAAAUCAAAAAGACUAUUCCACCUCUUCCCCUCCCUCUCUCCCUCCUUCCCGCACCACUGACAGGAGCCAGACUAUAAUUAUCCCGCUGCCCCACAAGUCUGAACAAUUUUAACCCAAGUUAUGACUGUUGUUUAUAAGUUGUUUUACUUCUCAAAUUUCGCUGCCUUACCUAGACUUAUAUUAAUGUACUGACCUGAUGAAGACUAAUCGAAAAGGUACGUUCGUCGACUUGAACUUCCUCAAUGUGUAAAUGGGCAUCAUAACAGAAAAUAAAUUAUUAUUAUUGUCAUUCUUAUUAUUAUUAUUAUUAUUAUUAUUGUACUGUCUGGGCUGCCGUCCGCCCCAAACGAUGACAUCUAUCGUGUGCCCUGCGGAGCGAGCGCCGUAAAGGCGACCUGCACGGGCAUUAGUUUACACUUCCGCGGACUUCCGCUACACUUCCCUCAUCAUCCCCUCCCUCACGCGUCUGACUCCUAUGACGAGAUAAUGUCAGUAGCCGUACUCGUAGCCCCUAACUUGAUCUUAUACGGACAAAAGUACGAACAGUUUCUGGGAUGGCAGGAGGUAACGACAAGGGCAUCUGUCCAACAAAUGACAUGAGCAAUAAAACGCCACUUCGUGAAGACGUCCUCAACCUGUAACGCCUAAGCUGCAGCAAUCAAAAACUCUGGGCACUUUAACGGAAUACCCAUUUGUGAUAGAUCAGCCAGCUUUGGUAAUAUGGAAGCCUAUGACGGAAAGGGCAAGGCUCUAACCACCUGAGCUGCAAGGCCACGACUUUGGGCCUUGAGGUUCUUGCAUUCGGCCUAACAUUCCUGCCAAAGUUGGGGCAACUUACGAAGUCCACCAACUCUGCUGCAAUGGGCUAGCUAAGUAGAAAACCACUGUAUAUUUUCGGCAGGAUAACGAGCCCGUAGCUCAGCAGUUAGACGCGAUGAACUUCUAACGAACAGGUCGCGAGAUCGAGUCCCAGGAGUUCCGCGCUUCGGGGUUGGACAUAGCUGGCUGACGACCGCUAAUAAGCCAGAAGUGGCCAUUCCAGUCUCCCUUGUCUUUAUCGUCAAUGCCAUUCUGUCUAUAUCAUGCGCCACUGUGUGGCUGCUGGCUGGGCUCGAGAGAGUGCCCUCAGGUUCAACGAGACGAGUGAUUUCCUUAAAAACGACCGGUGAGCGCCCCUCCGCCAAUCAGUCUGACAUCCACGAGAGUACCAGCUAAGUUGGACUAUUGCGUGUACCGACCGAUUUGCCCUCUUUAACUAUCCAAUUUUUAAAGCGGAAUUCAUUGAAAAUUGCAUUGCAAUUAAUUAGAGCUUUGAUUUAUGAAAAGGUAAACCUCCAGGGUCCUUUCUGUCAGAUCCCGCGCUUCGGAAAUUGCAUCUGACCUCCCUUCACUUUUUUUACUUCAGCAAUCAUCGAAGGGAAUAAACUAUUCUUCCCUUAGUCCUGACAUGCUAAACUUCUUGAAAUGGAAAGACGUCUGAUUGUGAAAGUAAUUCUUACCCUUCCAUGGUUCAAAUCUCCCUCUCUCUCUGUUGGUAACUGGUGACACCCUUUGCAGCAUAUCAUAACGGCCAGGACGCCAAAGCCCAUCCCGAAGAACAUUCCAACAGUGCACAGUGUAUAUCCAGUGUACAGGAGGGCGCUGAAAGAUGAAUGAAAGUAACGCAGUAGGGGAGAACGCGUAAAUUCCACCUAGUGUUAACCAGCUAGACAUUGCUGAUGAUUUUCUACAAAUGUCUGCAUGGCGUUAGUAAUAUUUGUACCGAGGAUGACCGUUUCCCUUUGGCAGCUCAGUGUUUCUCACUAACACACCAACUGGUGCAUUAGUAAGACAGUUGUUUUGUAGAAGGCUCUACCCCGGGCGUAUGUGGAAAAGCCGCCUUUUUCACGCGUACCUGUGGUGGUCUACUUCGCAACCAAUCAGCACUCCAAUAACUCUCUCAAGGCCGUCUGUCACUCGGGGCAUCUGCUCUCGCGACGCCUUCAUUCAGCUGCCAAAUCGCUCGAGACAAUAACGCAGUCAUUCUGAACAAAAUGGGAUCCUCUUUCUGCCGGUGUCUUACUUCAUCCAUCUCUAUUCGGGAGUAGGCCGCAAGGUCGUAGUGGCUGCGGUCUGCAUAUGGUUUUGAAUGCCGGAACAAUUCUAACGCCUGGUCAGAAGAAUGAAUUCUGAAAUUGGAACAGAGCAGUCAAGUAACACUUAUGUUCCUUUUCGUUGUUUUGGACUAGUCUUGACACCAGAUCCAGGUGGGGAGAGGGGAGGAGAGAGUGCAGUAGAUGCUGUGCAAGUCCACUAUCACUACAGACUAAUUAACGCACAAGUUACCAUCCCUGCUCCUACGCUGCCGUCGAGCACACGGUAGACAUCGUCGGAAACGACGGUCAAACCGUCGGACUAGUUCGAAAUAUAAAAAGUUUUCUGACUCUUAAACUUCGCAUCUUACAACAGUCCCCUAUACCCCAUCGAUGAAUGAUUAGCCCGCGUUAGGUAAGUCUUUGCGGGUUUCCUCGGGUAUGAUUUUGGCACUGCUGGUGUUUCAGGCAACUAUCAGGCCUCCAUUGCAAGAGGAAAUUUCAGAGGCAAAGUUGGAGAGCGGGAUGCUAGUUCCUCAUGACUGUGACUUGUUGAAAUGCAGUGAAGCAUAAAAAUACCUGGCUCACACUUAAGCAGGGCUUCGGGCAGCUACAUGAAUUCACCGCAGUAAAGAGUCGUCAGAAAAAAAGCAUGCAGUUACAUUUUCUCGGUGGGUCGUUGCAAUUACACAGACAUCAGAGGAUUCUACCGUCUGAUCUGCCAAGUUAGCAGUAAGCCCUCUACACUGAGUGACUCUGUUCGCGAUGUAAACGGCGGCUUUAUUGCUGACAGCUCGCCCAAAGUCGAACGCUGGCGUGAGCACUUUGAGCACCAUCUCAACUUCGAUACCCAACCUACAUCGCCCUUGUUCUCCUCCUCAGCGGAGUUUCUUCCCACUUCUACCUUUGCAGUGCCAUGCGAUCCCCUCUCCGAAGAAGAAGUCACCGAUUCCAUACGAAAGUUGCGCAACAAUAAGGCACCCGGAGAGGACGGUAUACCCACUAAAAUCUUCAAGUCUUGUGUCGACACUCUGGCGCCAUGGCUCCAUGAGGUGAUUGAACGAGCGUGGAGAGGCGAGGUUGUUCCUGACGACUGGGGCUUAGGCAUCCUUGUACGAUUUCGUGCUGGACGUGGAUGCGCAGACCAGAUAUUCACACUGAGGCGCAUUCUCGAAUUUCGCCAUAGCUACCAACAACCGACGGCCGUCUACUUCAUUGACUUUGCCGCCGCGUUCGAUUCCGUUCACCGUGAGUCCCUGUGGCGGAUAAUAGCGCUAGAUGGUGUACCGGCAAAACACAUCGCCAUGACCAAGGCCUAAUAUCGCUCGAUUACUGCUAGAGUCCUGGUCCGCAACAAUCUUUCCCAACCGUUCGGUAUUCGGUCUGGCGUCCGACAGGGUUGUAUCCUGUCACCCAUACUGUUCAAUUACGCUAUUGACUGGAUCCUCGGGAGGGCCCUACGCGACAGUGACGGUGUUGAAUUUGCACCCGGACAUCGACUGACUUAUCUCGACUAUGCCGAUGAUAUCGCCUUACUUGAUUCAAGUUUUGGUGAUCUGCAGUCUUUGGUGUCACGGGUAAACGAGGUCGCUAAAUCGGUCGCUUUGUGCAUAAACGCUGGGAAGACCAAAGUGUUCUCAAGCUGCUUCCCUGACCAGGAGAAGGCGCCCCUCGGAAUUGAUGGCUGUCAACUUGAAGAAGUAGACAGUUUUAAAUACCUUGGGCGAGGUUGCUGCCUAAUGGACAGAGUAAGGAAGACAUUGUCUCCCGAAUCGAUGCUGCCCGCUGGGUUUUUUCAAGCCUUCGGAAAUGCCUGUGGAACCGACGCGACAUCUCCAUCGCCACUAAGAUUCGCGUGUACCGUGCAUCUGUCCGGUCUGUCCUUCUCUACGGUUGCGAAUGCCGGGCUUUGCGCGUGGAGGACGAGCGAAAACUGGAGGUAUUUGACUACCACUGCUUGAGGACCAUCCUUCGAGUGAAGUUAACCGACUUCGUCUCAAAUGAGACAGUCUGCGCUCGCUGCGACAACAUCGCAAGGAUAACUCAGGCCAUUCAAGAAAGACGACUGAGGCGGUGCGGGGAUGUUCUUAAUCGUCCACCUCAGGAGCUCAGUGUUACUGCCCUCGAUCCGGCACCGUUGCCCCAUUGGAGGCGUCGAAGAGGGGGUCAGUUCAAAACCUGGCUCGACACUGUCCGUCAAGACAUGGAGGUGGUUCCUGGAACUUUGGUAUUCGGUCUCCGUCGUUGGCGAAGGGAAUGGGUUGAGCUGUCCAGAUCUGCUGCCGCGGAUCGUCACGCGUGGAUAGGUACAGUUCGGGACAUCAUCGAGGCCGGCUAGAUCAGGCAUGAUCGCAGCCGUAUCAAGUACAAGUACAUCAGAGGAUUAUAAAACUAGUUAGCGAGCAUAUGUUUGCUUUCGAUAAAUUCUCGUCGGGUCAGGGCAUCUAUAUUGGUACGGGGUCAAGUCAAACACGUCAGCGACUACAGACAUCGACUAAAGUUUACCUUAAUAAACAGACAGAGUGUGGGAAUAUGGAGGGGGAGUGGUGGUAUUAAGAGUAGACUGAAGGCAGCAUCACUCAUGAUCUGCCCAGCGCAUAUGAGAAUAUUUAUCUGAUCGAAAGACCCGGUAUAUGUUGAAUGCAAUUUUUAAAUAUCCCACCGACGACUUCUUCCCAGAUCAUUUCAUUUUCAUAAAGUUUGUGCAAAAAUUGUCAUACGACUAGAUUUAAAGUCUCCCUACCUUCAUGUCCAAGUACCGUCUGACAUGUCCGACUAGCAGAUCGAUAAUUUUCUCAAAAUACACGCAGUUUCUGACUCUUCUCCUUCACGUUCAAAAAAAUAUUGCUUAUAAACACCAUAAUAAUAUCUCCUUCCUUCAUCUUCAAGAGUUCCAUGUGCUUUUCACUCUCGAGUGAUGCCUUAGGAACGGUUUCUGAGCAAUUCACGAUUUUAUGCUUUUAGAAUUUUUCACCAGCUCCGGCAGGUACUUCUGGUGUUAACCAAACCCCGUGUAAUUUGGUGCAUCGCGAGCAGGUUUGCGCAACCUCUCUGCCGCCCUGUUAACAGUCCCCGAACGUUGAAAUGCCUGCAUUCUGUCCACCACAGGCUAUUACUGGCUCGGAUCAGGUCAGUCAUAAAAACGGCCUGUUCUUGCGCGCAGGAAGAAGCGAUAGUUACGAACGUAAGGACCACUAUUGAGGACAAAGUCAUCACAGGGUAUCAGAAAGGCUGCGUAAACCUCCUAACAUCGUAUAACGAUGUGCAGUAACUGCCGCAAGAAUACUAAAUUCAUAAAAAGUCCUGAAUAGCUCAAAGACCGUUUUAAGAUUGCUCGGAUGCUUACAAGGAUAAUCUCAGAAGUCCCUUUUAUAAUUACUCUGAAUGAAUUAGUAAUCCCUCUUAUGGGACUGAAUAAAUGCCCUACUUCUGUCGCAAGAGAGUACGUGUCGCUAAGCCGAGAGGAUACUGAUGUAACUGAAACUUAGACCACGACAAUUGACGCCUUAUUCAGUCAGACAGCACCACCAAUUGCGUUGGCUAUGCCGAGUGUAAAGUCUAUGCUUGAUCGAGGCACGUCGGGAAGCGCGGGCAAUGGUGUAUUGCUGAUCUCGAUGUCAUAGUACAUCACAAGUCACUCCCAAGUACUCGAUGAUCUCGGGACUCCUCCUCCCCCCUCGCCAAACGCCAACGCGAGGAUCAGCGUUCAGUCGACUUUCCUACGAAGCUAUCGUGUUGGGGUUCUCGACAAUCUGGGCAGUGUAGGCGCAGAUCACAUACCCUGCGACAAAAUCGGAUAUGGUUUUACCGCCGAAAAUUUCAUUCCAGCGUUUUUACAUCCGUCCCUAAUUCUAUGGUCUGAGCAGUCACAAGCUUGUAGCGACUCAAAUCUUGGAUUUACUUUGAGUGUCACCAUCCCCAUGCUACUGUGCACGGAACCCACAUCUACCCUUCCUGGUGGCGCUGGCCCCACCAGGGCGUGUGCUAAAGAUGUUAGAUCAUACCGGAGAGCUGCAGAGACUGUGAUUGAAGUCCGGUGAGUGACUGCAGACCAGCGCGUUUGGGAAAAUAUAAAGUGCUAGAGGGAAGCUCACCGAUCGCGUUACGGGAUUCACUUGUCCCAUUGUGCCUUGGGGCCUUUCCAGCCUCCCUUGUCUUUGUCGGUAAUGCUAUUCAAGUAUUAUUUGGGCCCCGAAGUAAAUAAUGCUACCGGUGCAGAGAUGACGAUCCGUCAACAGCAAGCAAGGAGUAGAGUCACUCGGCAUCUGUAGUACAUUGCGCAGAGGCCAGCAAGCGCAUGCAGUAAACUGGAUGGACAAGAGAUAAAGGGUGUGCGUGUAUAAACGGCAGAGGACGCUGAUGGUGCCCCCAAAACGAGCUGUGUGGUAGAUGCGCUUGACUAACACGAGGGCCAUAUCAGAUUCUGGUAGGAGUUAACGGAUUUUCGCACCAUAACGAGUGUCAACAUUUCGGGAUUCAGUGGCAGCGCCGGAGGAGGUCGCGUGCAUUGGGAUCCCUGCGGCCCUCCCCAUUUUUGCUGUUGGUUAGAAUUCUGGUCAUCUGCUGUGUGAGCCAAGGGGUGUGAAGUAGAGCGCCAACGUGCGGGCUUGGUCGUGCCAUCCAUCUGCGUCCCCCCCCCCACCCCGACUCCGGUCUUCUUGAUUUUGUCUUGACACCGGGCCCAGGUGGGGGAGGAGUGGGAGUGAGAUAGAUACAUCGAAAGCACAGUAGGUGGACUAACUCAUGAAAUGUCAACCGAAAUUCUGAAAUGCGUUUCCCAUUCGAAAAGAUUAACUAAGUAGGGUUGUAAAACUAGUCAGCCUGAAACAUAACUCUGUAAUGAUCCAGUUACGUCAGGAAGUCGGCUUUCGAAUGAACGUCUUUUCGGCUGCAUGCAAAAACUACACUUUGUAAAAAUAUGACUACUCAAGUAGCAUGCAUUUUCUCACUGAUUUUCGGUGCGCUUAAAAGUUAAAGUAUAUUUCAAGGAAAGCAUUCAUAGAAAUAUUCAUUCUCUUGCUCCUUCGAUAGAAAAGUACGUUUUAUUCCAAAUUUAUACUCGAGGAAAGGAUAUAAUUUGGUUUUAAAAAGUUUCUCAUCGUGAAAUGUUUUAAUAACGUGAAAUGGCCGUCAAUAAAACGUCAUGUCUAUUCAUUUAUCAAUAUGUCAUGUAAAGUUAACAAUACGGCUCAACUUCACUGUUGAAUUUUUUGAACCCCAUAUAGUCUCCUCCUAAUACCUUAAAGAAAUAUAUGGUUUUCCGUAUGCAGAAAUUAUAGUCUCCUCUUAACACCUUAGAGAAAUGUAUGGUUUUCCGUACGCAAAAAAUACGACUUGUAUUUUGGAAACCCUAAAUACAAGUGUAACGGCAGGUCAGGUUCAACCCUAUUCGGGAAUUGGAAGGCUUUUUGAAAACCGAAUUAUACCCUUCCUUCGAGUAUGGAAUUGGAGGAAGACGUAAGCUUCUACCGAAUGAGAAAAACAGUGAAUAUUUUUAUGCGUGCUUUUCAUGAAAUAUAAUUGAAUGCUUAAGGACAUCGAAAGUCAAUGAGAAAAGUGCAUGCUUCAUAAGUAGUCGUUUUUUUACAGAUUGUAGUUUUUGCAUGCAGCCGAAAGGGGUUUGUCCAAACGCCGGCAUUCUGAGGUAACCAAAUUUUUGUAGAAUUAUGCUGCCUGAUAAUUAGCGUUACAACCCUACCUACUUAAUCUUUUCGAAAUGAAAACGCAUUUCGGAAUUUCGGUUGAUAUUUCAUGAGUUGUAUACUACCACUAUAAACUAAUCCACGCAUAAGUCACCGUACCCGUUCUCACUUUGCCGGGGAGCACAUGUUGGACAUCGGCGGCAACGACGGCCUAACUGUCGGAGGCGGCUGAUUCAGCCAGUAAACCACAGGAAUGCCUGCGUUCGCGCCACGAGCGAUUUUCGCGCAGCAGCACACGCGCAAGAGGGCACCUGAGGUGGAUUUCUGUUCUCAGUUAGUGGGAGAGCGAAACUCGAGACUGCGGAUCACGUGCUUGUUGAGGUUUAUGCACAGGUGUGUUUGUCACGCUGAGGAAACCGUAAGAUGUUUAUGAGGCCUGGGUGUGUCUGACACGCGUGCAUUUUGUGAAAGGGCCGCUGAAGUCGCUUUCAGCAGCUGAUCCUGGCUGAAUCCUGAAGCGUAAACUUCCGAGCUUAGUUUUCAGAUCAUGAGCGUCGCUGGGAGAAUGGUACGUUUUCCAAGGAUCCAGACAAACCGCUCCGUAUGACUGAGAAUGACGUUGAAGUAAACAUUCGUUCGCUUCCGACGUUCUGUUCCUAGUACAAGUACCCUCGAAGAUAAACCGCAAUCCGGGACCCUUAGCUGUCCCACUAACCAGCAUCUACACCCGCCAUCGUAUGUGACAAUCGAGAUCCGCGUGAAAUCCCCAAAUAGAGAAACGUAUGACCUAUUGAGAGUAUCUCUAAGGCAAUGCUUUGAGAUUCUUAAUCCCCCAAAUGGGCUACGUGGUAGAUGCGCUAAACUAACAUGGGGGCAUAUCGGAUCCUGACAGGUGUUAUCGGAAUGCGCAACAUAUCAAAUGACAACAUCUCGGGGUGCGGUUGCAGAUCCAGUUGCCGACAGACGUGGCGCAUAUUGGGACCCCUGCGGCCCUCCCCAUUUUUGCUCUUGGUUAAAAUCCUGGUCAUUUGCUGCGUGGCCCAGAGGGUGUGGAGUGGGACGCCAAGGUGCGAGCUCGGCUGUGCCAUCCACCUGCGCCCUCUCCCGCCUCCGGUCUUCUUGACUCUGUCUUGACACCGGGUCCAGGUGGGGAAGAAUGAGAGAGCGCGGUAGGUGCUGUGCAAGUCGACCGCCAUUAUAAACUAAUCCAUGCCCAAGUCGCCGCCCCUACCCUCACCCUGACGGGGAGCACACGGUUGACAUCGUCGGCAACGACGGUCGAACCAUCGCUUAGAGAUUCUAUCCAGUAGAAUUAGGCCGUCGGCUCUAUUGUGGUAAUUUUUAAAAAGUCCCCUCUUAAAGACAGAAAACUACUUCCCGAUAACCGAGGACAGAUAACACUUUGUCCUGUCCCCACAUGCAUUCAAAAAGUGGAGGGGGUGAAACGGCCUGUGGUACAUUUCCCGUUACCAGCUGAGGUUGAAUGUCAUCAGUCAGGUGCCGCCACGGUUCUUAAUUCGAACAGAAAAUCAGUCACUUAGAAGAUCUCGUGGAAAAAAGCCGCAUGUGAAAUUGUAGUGAAGAAACCACUGCAUCACUUUGAGACUAUUUUAACUCUUGUGGGUUACUUCCGAUGCGUCGUUUUUCAUUUGGAACCUUCAUAAACUAAGGGUUGUUGCGCCUCCUAGGCAAAUGACAAUUUUUGGAAAGAAGCGCUCGAAAGUAUUGCUGAAAAAAAACUUAUAAAUUUAAAAUGGUCCCCUUCUUCCUAGCAAAAAAUCCACCUAGUAUCUGUUCAAAAUCUUCAGAAAUUUAAGGACAACCGGGUUAUUUACUUGAUUAAUGUUAGAUUCUUCGUGCAGAUGCAUACUCACUUCUUCCUGCUAAGUUCGCUGAGGCAGUCGGUUGUUGUGUCCGAUGAACUCUGGCGCGGGAAAGGUCGUACUGGGGUCGUGCAGUUUGUUUCUAUAUUCGAUGCGUCAUGGAGGAAUUUGCUGCCAAUACUGACGCAGACGACACAUAUUAACAAAAAGGCUAUGGAAACCAGCUGACAGGCGAAGUACUUUCCAUUUGGCCAUGGUUUUGCAUUUGCUGGCCAGCCUUCAUUGCACUGAAACAAGUCUCUGGUCAUUGUUGUUUGUGCUUCAUGAUAAAAAGAAAGGAGGUUGGAUAAAGUGUCUGCUUUUACAAGACGGCUGGAAGAUUCCUCUGAAAAAACGAAGUCAUUGCGACUUAGUGAUGUAUACAUAUACACUUUUCAUUUUCGUCUGACGACGGGUUGGUGUAACCGACUUGAAAAUUAACGAGUAUACCUCGAUUUUCCGACGAGCCUUCUCCUUUUAAUAUAUACAUACGUAUACAUAUAUAUACAUAUAUGUUACUAACUAGAAGCCCAUAGACAUGUUUCGCCGACAUUCCGUCGCUUCAUGACACAGCUGCGAGGGAUUCGGCUCUUCGAUGGGUCACCCAGCGUUCCCUAUGCGGUUUAUGGUAUACGAACUUCAGAGAAGAAUCAAGCGAAUAAUGUCAGAAAUUAUUCAGUGCAGGACACGGAUUUAUAUAUAUAUAUAUAUAUAUAUAUAUAUAAUGGUCGGAGGCGCUCACCGAUCGUUCAUACGGAACUCACUCGCCCCGUUAUACCUUACGGGCUCUCUGUAGAGCCCAACCAGCAGCCGCACAGCGGCGCAUGAUAUAGGCAGAAUGCCAUUACCGACAAAUACAAGGGAGACUGAAAUGGCCAUUUCUGGCUUAUUAGCUGUCGUCAGCCAGCCAUACUCAACCCCGAAGUGUGGAACACACGCGGCUCGAACUCGCGACCUGUUAGUUAGAAGCCCACGCCUCUAACCACUGGGCGAAGAGCCCGUUGCGCUGUCGGUUUUCGAUCGGGAAUAUAGAAUGGUAGGGGGCGCUCACCGAUCGUUCAUACGGAACUCCCUGACUGACUGACGACGGCUAAUAAGCCAUAAAUAGCCAUUCUAGUCUCCCUUGUCUUUGUCGGUAAUACAACAGCGGACUUAAGAGGGUCAUACGGAGACAGCUCGACAGCCAGUUCACUCGAUGAAUAAGAAGAAGUAUCGCCCGACCGACCACCCGACACUGGUUCAAUCACCUCCCCCCGACGAGGCGGUGACUCACAAGGCUCGCAGACAAAACGCCCGUCGAUCACCCCUCGAGAGGCCAAGGCAGCGAGAGAAGAGAAAAAUCGAUCAGCACGAGGCCGACCAACGUGAUACGCCAUAUGGGAUUUCUGGUCGAUUAAGUGCAUUUUACGCUUUGACAAUGGAGAGCCGACCAAGCUCUUCGAAACGUCAGCAUUUAAAUAAACGUGUUCUGGAGAGCCUAUCUUCUUCUUCUUCUUCUUCUUGAAACUUCGCCUAUCUCAGCAGAACUCUCUCUCAGCAUCAAAAUUGACAACAGGGUCGGGUGGUCGGUUGGGCGACACUUGUUCUUAUUCAUCGAGUGAACUGGCUGUCGAGCUGUCUCCGUAUGACCUUCUUAAGUCCGCUGUUGUAUUACCGACAAAGACAAGGGAGACUAGAAUGGCUAUUUAUGGCUUAUUAGCCGUCGUCAGUCAGUCAGGGAGUUCCGUAUGAACGAUCGGUGAGCGCCCCCUACCAUUUUAUAUUCCUGAUCGAAAACUGACAGGGCAACGGGCUCGUGGCCCAGUGGGUAGAGGCGUGGACUUCUAACUAACAGGUCGCGAGUUCGAGCCUCGGGUGUUCCAUACUUCGGGGUUGAGUAUGGCUGGCUGACGACAGCUAUUAAGCCAGAAAUGUCCACUUCAGUCUUCCUUGUCUUUUUCGGUAAUAACAUACUUCAUAUAUGUUUCUAUAUAUAUUGCUAAUAUCUAUUUCUAAUAUACGCGAAGAUGCGAGCCCCCGGAAAUAAAUGAGAAGCGGCGAUCUCGGGAAUCCGUCUUAAUAUUACUGUCACCCACUUUUAAACACCGUGAGACGCUAUACCACACUCACCUCAAACGAUGAUAACUCGUUUGCUUUUGAAACGUCAGGACUAUACAACUGUGGUCCCGAGACUUUCUGUUCUUCUCACAUAAAUAUACAUAUAUCUCUACCUGUUGGUUCACAGUCCAAAGCCGCUCUAAUUUAUCCACAUCCGCCGGUACUGCCUAUGAUCUGAUUGGCUGCCCAGUGCUGGCAACCACCCACCAGGUAGCCGUCACAAUGUAAACAAUGUCAUGAAUAACAGCAACAGAUAUUGAUAUAUCAGCUGUUUUAGGUUUACUCAGUGUCUCCUCGUGUUAUUCACAGGAUUGAUCGGCAAUUUUGACUGGACACUAAGUCUAUACUCAUACCCGGGCAGAUUGCAUAACCGACCAGCAUUUUGUUGGCUGUAGUUGGUCGUCGGGUCUGCGGAUGCGCCUCCACGACCCCCCCCCCAACACCAGUGAACAAUAUUCGCUUGAUAAAUAUCCGUGGUAGUAUUCAAGAGCAAUCCAGAAAACAGACUGGCCAGUGUAAAUGCACUAGAGGCAUCACAGUAUUACGCUAUUGUCGGUCCGUCUGCCAAGUUUUACGCUUCAGUCAUAUGCGUCAUGUGUGCUCAUUCGUCAUCGCUGUCGGUCGGUGGACUUACAGAAUGCGGACAUUGCAUAUGACCCAAACAGCUGUUGUCCCAGUACACGUUGUCUGAUCUACUUUGUCCAACACCUCACUCCUGAGAGAAGUAUUGUUUUUCCGUCUGACUCUGAUCAGGAAAUGGAUCUACCUCAGUAUGGUGCAGUUUUCUGUGCAUGUGGUUUGGAAUUUCAAUGCUCUGAUCGAUGACCAGCUGACUGAGGAAUCAGAGCCCCAUCUCAGACGUGGAGAACAACGAAAUAAAGCCUCCUCCUAAUCAUUAGUCUCUACGGGAGGGUUGCAGACAUUAGGCUUCCACUCCAUUUUGUGGUACGUGCAGUGUGUCUGUCAGUAGUCGGAUGGAAGUGAUUGCCAAGUUGCAUGUAUCACAAACUGAUGCGGUAUGGGGGCCUAACGUCUGCAACACUUUCACAGACGUUUGGUGAUUGGGAGCGGGGUUUAUUUUAUUGCCCUCCACGCCGUAUGCGCUAUACCACCAUCCGAAAGGAGGCUUCGAAUCUUCGGCCACUUGCUUAUCCAUCAAGCUUUGGACCUCCCAAACAUAGGCCCAGUAAAUUGAGCCAUCAUUAAAUAAUUAUAGUUCCUUAAGGAUUGUGAGCAUUUUUUUGAGGAUUUUGAGUGUCUCAUAUGCCAUGAUCAGUAAACCAUAGUCCUCGCAGUUCGAUGUGCGCCGGCAGUUCUCUGGCAUCUGGUUCCCUGACGGCAGACGCGUUUGCGCUCCCACUGGGUAUACAGGUCGUGCGAAUAGUCGCCCAGUCGAAAAGAAGAAGAAGAAGAAGAAGAAGAAGAAGAAGAAGAAGAAGGAGAAAAAGCGGUGACUGGAACAGGGGCUUUAUUCGCCUGAUGUUUUGGACUCUCACUCGAAAUCAUCGCCAGAGACAGUGGCAGAAAAGGAUUCCGGUGAGAAUCCAAAACGUCGGGCGAAUAAAGCCCUUGUUCCAGCGAUCGCUUCUUCUUCUGAUCAACAGGUGUCUUUGCACAAAUCACAGGGGGACUAGGGUCAGGGUUAGAGUAAGUGUUAAGAGCCGCGAGUUGCUCGAGUCGUGGUUCACUGGACCUCAGUCUCUAAGCAAGUGCAACGACAUCCCCAUUCCAUAUUCCGUGCUGAGGCAUAGGCUGGUCAAAUAAUUGACCACUCGUGGGGGGGGGGUGCAAGCCGGUGAGUCAGAUGGCCGAGCAAUCAUCACGCCAGCAGCGAUUAACAACUUGCCUGUCGGCCAUCAAGCAGUUAGUGCACCAGCGGGCAACAGUCCUCUAUGAGGGGGAUCCCGGUUAAUUACUCUAGGUAUACGGUAGCAUAACGACUACAUCCUAUAAAUACUGCCACUUCCUGUGCACGAGUCACCCGUUUCGGCCACUGUCUCUGAGGAUGAUUUCAAGUGAGAGCCCAAAACGUCAGGCGAAUAACGCCCCUGUUCCAGCGACCGCUUCUUCUUCUUCUUGCAUCCUGGAACUCGCAUCUACGCUUGUAUCGGCAAGCUGCCCAGUAAUACUCGUCUUUCUGCCUCGCUGUCGUUGUUGUUGUUGUUGGUCAAAUACCUAGUCAAGUAUUAAUUAUGGACCAGGAGGUGUGGAUUGGAGCGCCAAGGUGCGAACUCGGCUGCGUCCUCCACCUGCGUCCUCCCUGCCUCCAGUCUUCCUGACACCCUCUAGUCUCCGGGCCCAGGUGGGGAGGAGGAGUAGGAGGUGGGUGUGCGGCAAAUGCUGCGCAAGUCUGCUCUUAAUUUAACCUUAUUCACAUGCAAGUCACCGUGUCUGAUUCACCUUGGUGUGGAGCACACGGUGGACAUCAUCGGAUGCGACGGCCGAACUAUGAAAUACAGAAAAUGUUAAUUAUGCAGGCAUUUCUUCUGAUUGGUUACUUCCAAAUACGUUCGUGCAAUUUCCUAUCACAUCGAAGUAAGGUAUAUGCCAGUAUCUGACUCCCUUGCCUUAUUAGCGAGGCGAUAUAUGCCUGUUAUUGUUUUCACUUGAUAGCCAGAUUCCCCUUCAGCUUGAAACGCUAUCGCUGUCUACUGGAUGGUGGGAUUCACCAUCACCAAAUUCCUCUUCAAUCCCCAUGCAGAUGUCGCAAUGACUAACUGUCAGUCUGUCGGAUAUUGUGGCUGAUAUUGACAGUCUCUGGGUGCCCUAGUGAGGAAGUAGAUUGGUCGUUUUUAGCCUCAGAUGAGCGCAUCUUCAGUCCAUACUGGAAUGUUCUGAAAAAUUGAGCAGAAGUGACUGUGCGAUCGUCGUUUGCGACUAUAUCCACAGGAUGGGCGCAGGACUGUGACUUGUGUGUAAAUUAGUUUACAGAACUAGCAGACCUGCGCUGCGCCUAUCGCACUUUCUCUCCCUCCCUCCCCAUCUCAGCCCGGUUUUUUAGGACGGAGUCCGCAGGGCCGGAGGCGGGAUGGAGCACAGUGCCUGACAGAGCUAAACACAGCUUAUCCGAGCGAGAGCAAUCAGUUCCAGAGAGAGAGAAGUGUGGUUACUUCAAAAAUGAAUCUUCCGCGCUUUCAACUUUAUAAGUCCCUUCGCAUGUCCAACUCGUUGCCCAUGAACCAUAAGCAAAUCAGGUGUCUGGUAUUGUUGUAAAUGCUAAUGCAUACCCUUAGGCAUGUCUACCAACAGGAAUAAAUUGGAAUGUUUGCUAUUCUGAAACCAAGCCCACUCUGUAGUCAUUGCUUCAUAAGUAGAGAAGGCAGAGGCCUAAAACGUGGCCCCAUCUAGUCAUUUCCUAGUCAACUGCCUACGAAUUUCUAUUAAUAUCGACUCCAGUAGGUAAGUUUCUGCUUUGUGUCAGGGUUAGAAUUAAGGUAAGUGUUUUAUGUUAGUAUUUGGGGGUAAGGGUUAGGGUUAACGGGAUGUCCGAUUUGAAUGAGUUUUAUUCUGGCCGCAUUCCCAAACCACAGUCAGUAGCAAUGUCUGCAUGAGUAGUAGGAAUUUGUUUGCUGAAUUUCCGUGCACCUUCUAAUUCAGACAUAUUUUGUAAAAAUCAUGCAUAUAGCAUUCUUUCCUGUACUCCUGCUGUAGAAAAUUACGUCAUCUUUGAAGUUUAUAUUUGAAGAACGGGCAUAUUUUAGUUUUAAAAGGCUCUUACUUAUGAGAUCUUUCAAGGCCAUGAAACGGUCAUUUAUAUAGCACACGUUUAGGGGUGUUACUUAUGAGGUAUGCAGCGUAGUUCACAUUCAUUGCGGAGAGUUGUGAGCGCUAUGUGACAUCUUCUUAAAUGUGAUUUUCCUUAUACGAAAAGGAGUCAGCACAGAGGUUUCAAACCCUAAGCGUAAGCGAUGCUGCAGGUUCGGUUCAAAAGUAUCCGGGAAUUGAAAAGGUUUUUUGAAACCAAAAUGCACACCAACCUCUCAUAUAUAACGUGAAGUGGACGCAAUUUACUACUAAAUGCGUACGAUUGCGGAUAUCUUUGCGUAUGUCUUCUAUAAAAUAUGUUUAAAUUUGUAAGAACAUUUAAAAUUAAUUGGAAAAAUUCGCGCCACAUAAGUAGUCAUUUAUCGUCGAGUGUGGUUUUUGCAGGCGGCAGAGAAAAAGUUCCUUUAAAAGAUGGCAUCGUUGCGUGACUGAAGUAUUUUUAGACUGUCCCACGCGAUGACCAGUAUCAAAACCCGAGCUAAGUUAUCUAUCCUUAUCAAAGCACUCUUCAGGAUUUAAGUUUAACGCUUCACAAGCUAGGCAAGCUACUGCAAUUGUCCUUAUUGAGUGCGCCUUUCUUUGCGUUUAUCAUGACCUUGAAGACAGUUAAGUUUGAUCAAAUGUCGUAGCGUAGAAAACAACAGGUUUUUGCGGGAUUUCUUCUUCACGCCUUGUUGCGAUUCCCAGUCCUGUAGUGAUUAACCCAUUCUCCAGAAGGUACUGAAGAGGUCUUCUAGAAGCAGAAAACUUCGCUCAACAACUGUCAAAAUAUACGGACUACAGAGGAAACCUUUGAACGCUGUAAUAAACCAGGUCACGUGUUACGAUAAAAACCGAUGUCAUUUAGCUCCACACUGAAUUCCGAGACGUUAGAUACAUAGCAAGCGGGCUCUUUCGGUGCGCAUAUACUACAAGACGAAAACUCCGAAAAUGCACAGUGUUCCUUAAGUCGUUAACUGCGUACGUAUAAUUAAGAUGCUCGUAAAAUCACAUGAUAAAACAUUUGCGUGCCCAAUUUUCCGGCGUCUCUUGUGUCACUGUACUUUUAACAACAUACCAAGGCCCCGAAAGAGGAGAUGUUGCUCAAUCGGGAAAUGAGAGCAAUUUAUUCUUUCGGCAGAACCAUCGACAUUCAUUGCAUCUUAUAAUAUGUUCCUCGCGCAUGUUCCUACUACCGUGCAUUGACCUGAUAACAAACUAAAAAGAAAUUAUGCUUUUUAAGAUAUGUUUAUCAACUACAAAAGAGCAGCUGAAAACGGUCUUUAAUUCAUUAGCAGUCUCUUGCGAUAAAAUGCUGCUGGAAUCAUUAGACGCCAGGGAGAUUACGCACAAUAGGCUCGAUGAGAUAAGACAGGAAAUAAGAACCGAUGCACUGCCUAGAGGCCUCGAUAACUGUAUGAGAGACGGGACGGAUUCUGCGCUUGUCGGUCGCCGUGUCGACUGUAAGGAACUUGAAAAGCGGGUCCAGACGCUAGAAGAGAAGCAAGGCCUACUGACGGACAUCAUCAUGGCUAUUCUUAAGCACAGUAAGAUAGAAUUACCAAAUAAUCCGCCAAAUUUCCGAUCGAUCGGCGACGAACAUCCUACUAAUAAAGGCGCUAGCGCGGAAAAGUCAAAGCCAGUCAGGAAGAGGAAGCGAGUUAUGUCUCCAGAGGAAACUCUAGACAAAUCAGUUCCGGUGGAUAACGUGGCAGUCGACACUAAUGCAUUAAAAAUAAGUCAGGUUCCAUUACCUGCUAUAGUAACUAAACCUGCCAAAUCAUCGAACACUAAAGUUGGGAAAGCCAGGGUGACCCUCAGAAGAUCUGUUAGAAACUACAAGGACUCACCGUUAUUCUUGGAAGGCAAUGCUGUUACUCCACUUCUUCACAAGGCUAACUCAUCUGGAAAGUGCCCUAACCAAUCCGUUUAUGGAAAAGGACACGAUAAGCCUUCGUGCAGUACAUUGCAACAGGGUAAUGAUUGUAAGAGCUCCACUGCCGGAGCAAGUACGUCACAUGAAAAUCCAUGCCCUAAACUCCCUUCACCGGCCGAAAAUCAUUCAAAUGUCGAAGUGACAACAGCCGUCGGGAAUACUGCAGUAGCAUUAUAUCGUCCUAGCGCGAACGGGACAGUAAUGAGCUCUUCCAUAAAUCGUAAGCAAAAUAUUGUCAUAAGGGGCGCCCCAGAGUCCACGUCCUGCAUUCCGAAGGAACGAGUGACGCACGACCUAGACCUUCUUCAUCAGUACGCCAGUGUCGUCCUGCAGGAUGGGGAAAUAUUCACCGUUAAAAAAGCUUUCCGACUAGGCAGAGCGGACCCAAAUCGUGACCUAAAAACAUCCCCUAGACCCCUGAAAGUUAUUUUGGAAAACGAAGCCCAAUCAACUCUUUUGUUAGAAAGUAGAACGACCUUAUGCAAUUCACACAAGGAAGUGUUUUUUCAACCAGACUACGAACAGAGGGAAAGACUGAAAAUGAGAGAACUGAGAUCAGAAUUGAAGGAGAGAAAGGGCUGAAGAUCAAAAAUGGACAAAUAGUCCAGACAAAGGGGUCUUUCCUGUGGUCAGAACCCGUCACAAUGAAGGCCGGGCCUCUCCAACGAAUCAGUCAUUGAAGGUUUUAUCCGUAAAUGUGAAAAGCCUGUUCAACAAACUAGAUGAACUAAGAGACUUAGUUGAUGAAAUCAAGCCAGACAUUAUGGCAUUCACAGAAACGUGGCUUACUGAAGAUAUCGCAGAUUCAGAAAUAUCACUUAGAGGAUAUCAGCAAUUCAGGAGAGAUAGACUAAGCCGAGGAGGAGGAGUCAUAAUUUAUGCCACUUGCAAGCUAAGCGCUAUGGCUGAUGUGCACAGACCGGUACGCGAUGUGGAACUACUAAGCGUUACCAUAUCUACUAAGAAUGUCCGAUCAUUGACGCUUUCGGUAGUGUACCGUUCACCUAACCAUACUUCUGACCAAGAUCUCAUGCUCAUAUCCGAACUUUACCAAGCUAGCGAGAAGAAAGACGUCCUUAUCGUUGGGGAUUUUAACGCUCCUGGCAUUGAUUGGCUAACGUGGACUGCACAAGGGCCGCAAGACAGUUUUAAUCACAAACUACUACAAUGGGCAACGGACAAACUUCUCUGCUAGAAUGUUACCUUUGGAACACGGGUCAGGGAAGGGCAGCAGUCGAACUGCCUUGAUCUUAUUUUUACCCGAGAGGAGGAAAACGUGUUAGACCUGCAGGCCCGACAGCCAUUAGGGUCAAGCGACCACAUCACGCUCUUCUUCGAGUACUCACUGUUUUCCAAACCCGUCCAACCCGAGAGGUGGGAGAGAAACAUUUGGAAAGGGGACUAUUCUCUCAUGAGGAGGGAAGCGGCAGCUAUAUCAUGGGAGACUGAACUGCAUGGUCGAGCAAACGAUAACUGGAAUACCUUCAGUUCCUUACUGAAAGAGAUUGUUUAUUCCAGUUGUCCUCUUAGAAGAAAGAAAAUCACAAACCGCCCAAAAUGGCUAAACCCGGACUUGAAGGCCUCUUUCAGAAAAAGGAAUCGUCUGUGGAGGCGUUACAGACUAACUGGCUCCGACGAACACUUACAGGAAUUUAAGCGGCAACGAAACGUCUGUAAAAGUGAGGCCUCAAAGCUGCGAGAGAAGUUUGAGCUAAACAUACUCCGAAAUUCGUUGGAGCAUCCGAAAAUUCUAUAUGGUUAUAUACGAAGUACUAAAAGGACUCAGGAGCUCAUCCCUGCCCUCAGGUCUGCAGAUGGAAAAGUGGAGAUUGAUGACCAGGUUAAAGCGUCCCUCCUUUCCGACUUCUUUCAGUCCGUCUUCACCCGAGAACCUAGUGCUAUAUUUGCCCAUCCAUCCAUUCGCCAACCAACCUCUCCUCCCAGUACCCUUCCCCAUCCUAUCCCUUCCCUAUCCUCCUUAACCGUGGAACCACUCUUUUCAUCUACCAUAGUUAGGGCCGAGCUACUGCGGCUGAAACCUGCCAAAUCGCCUGGCCCAGAUAGAAUUCCCGCUCUAGCACUUCGCGAACUUGCUAAUGAACUGUGCAAACCCUUAUCCGCAAUAUUUCAAAAGUCAUUUGAAGACGGCGAGCUCCCGGAAGAAUGGAAGUGCGCACUGAUUACUCCGAUCCAUAAAGGAGGCUCAAGACUUGACUGCGGAAAUUAUCGUCCUGUCAGUCUUACUUGUAUCGCGUGUAAAAUAAUGGAACGCAUUAUCAAAAGACACUUGAUGAAAUACCUGGAACAGAACAAAAUAUUGUGUGAUGCCCAACAUGGCUUUCGUCCAGGGCGCUCCUGCCUAACGAGUGUUCUUUACUCACACGAGAAAUGGACACGAGCUACCGAUAAGGGUUUUCCAGUAGAUGUCAUAUUUUUUGACUUCAAGAAGGCCUUUGACAGUGUCCCACACAGGCUUCUUUUGCAAAAGGUUUGGGAUGUAGGGAUUCAAGGGAGAAUGGUUAAGUGGAUCAGGAGUUUUCUGUCCUCCAGACUACAAAGAGUCGUCGUUAGUAAUUCUACCUCGGAAUGGGUAAAGGUGGAAAGUGGUGUCCCACAGGGUUCUGUCUUAGGCCCAGUACUCUUCCUGAUUUAUGUUAAUGACUGCAUCAGCGAAGUGAAUUGCGAGGCUCUCAUGUUCGCGGAUGACAUAAAAAUAUGGAGUGAAGUCAAGUGUGAUGAUGACGCAGAGAAGUUGCAGUCGAACAUAAACAAACUGUUUGCUUGGUCGAACAGAUGGCUUUUGAAGUUUAACGUGUCCAAAUGCGUGGUCUUGCACCUGAACACCGGCCGCAAUGCCUCUCCCAAACACCAGUACUAUAUUGACGGGACGAGGUUAGAAACUGCGGAAAGACACAGAGAUCUGGGUGUAUGGACUACCACAAAUCUAUCGCCAUCAGAACACUGUAGAAAGAUGGUCCAGAAGGCAACUAGUACUCUACACUGGAUCAGACGCGCAUUUAAAAUAUUUCCUCCCGAACUCUUCGAAAGACUCUUUGGUGUCUUUGUAAGACCUCAUCUAGAGUAUGGAAUGCCAGCAGCUUCACAAUGGAUGAGAAAGGAUAUCAACUUACUCGAACAGGUGCAACGCAGAGCGACAAAGAUGGUCGACGGUCUAAAGCAUUUGUCUUAUCAGGAGAGGCUGAAUUUGCUUGGCCUAUUCCCUCUCUCUUAUAGACAAAUAAACUGCAGUCUACUCUGGACGUUCCGGGUUGUUCGCGGCCAGGGUUGCUCAUUAAGGGCAGAGGACUUCUUUGAGUUCGCCAGUACAAACCAACUACGCGGUCAUGCAUACAAAGUCGGGAAUGAGCGCACGCGUUUAGACCGACGAAAAUUUUCAUUCAGCCAGCGGGUUGUCAGGCCGUGGAACUCGCUUCCAAGCGAGAUGGUGACGGCUGACACAGUUUGUGUGUUUAAAAGAAAACUUGCUCGUCUAGUUUUCGACAGAAAUCGGCUUGUACAGCAUGACUAUGCACAGCCAGUUUUGUAAGAUCUGUUAUAUACAAUCUUCCGCACUAAUUUACAGUGACCCCAUGCACUACCUUAUGAUUACGAUUGAACUGUGACCCAAUCACAUUUUACAUGCCUGCAAUUUUAUUUUAUUUUUGAGUAUGAAUCUGCGAAAGCACUGUACAUAAAUAGGGUCAUCAAGGGCUCUGUCUGUAACCCUUCAAUAUACAUAUACAUAAGAGACUUCGGCAGUGGCCUAA